GCAGCAUCGUCAGCAUCGGAGCACAUCCCCUGAAGGUUUUUACGUCCAAACAGAAAAUUUAGUUCAGUCGAGAACUACCGUCAGUGGCUGCGCAAAGGCACAAGUUUAUUUGCGGGUUUUUUUCGAAAAGCCAAACUGAAUAUUAUGCUGUGUGUUCGACAUUGCUUGCGAUUGCAAACAGCCCGAGAAAUAAUUACGUUUUUCGUUCGUAUCCAUGCAUCCACCCACGCAUAUCCAGUGCACCUGUAAUUGCAAUCACUUUUACUUCGGAUAAGUGAGACACACACACACACACAAACAAACACACACACGCACGCACGCACACGGUGUUAACAUAAAUAUUUAAAUAAAUACAUAUAUGUAUCUGUGCUUCCUUUAAGUGAACAUUUAUAUAAGCAUGCACUCAUAUGACUUAUAGUUGCCUUAUAUUCAGUGCCAAAUAAAUCUAUUGUCUACUGAGCAAUUGUACCUGUUUCGUAUAUUCUAAAAAGCGCGAAGUGUUCCAGUUUUGUGACAGUUCAAAAUAUAUACUCUAUGUAAUCGCGAUCACAAUCGGAACAACAAACAAUAAUGCAUAUCUUACACCGGACCAAUGACCAUCAAUUUGAGGAUCAAAAAUUUAUGAUGGAACGCCUUAGUGGCCAUGGUAGCUUGGGCCUGUCAAGCAGUAGCCCGGCCUAUACAACCCAUUCAGGUGGGCAUUCAGGUAGAGGAGGACCAACGUCCGGACACAGUGGACACAGUGGCACCCAUGGGUCGGCAGCUACCAUGCAUCACCAAUCACUGCAGUCUGAUUUUCAGCCCCCGUAUUUUCCACCACCAUUUCACCACUCAGCUCAAAGCCCUCCUCAGCAACAGAUAUCUGGCUAUUUGCAGAACCAUGGACCGCUCGAGUACUUAGGAACGGAUCCCUAUGGCCAGCCGCUAUCCUCAUUGCAUCACGCACCUCUUCAUCACUACAAUCAGUUGGCGGGCCUCAGGUCCACACAGGAUCAACUGGGGAUACACAGAACUCAUAGGGACGACUUGCAAGGACAUGUUACCCAACUAUCGCAUGGUUUUCCGUACACGGAAAGAAGAAGUGAUUACGGCAGUGCAAUAUCAGCAGGAGCAGCACACGGCACCAGACUUGGACAUGAACACGAAUCUCUGGCCUUACAUCAAGCGCUGCAGAAUGCGGUUGAUGAUGUCCAAGCUCCUGCCCUGGAUGACAAUGUGGCUUUCAUGUCAGACUUACCUCUGAUAAAAAGCAUGAAAAGUGGGAAGGAGGCUGGAAACAUAGGCUCCGGAUCGCCCAGCGAAGUGUUCUGUGCAGUUCCGGGUCGACUCAGUCUUCUGUCAAGCACAUCGAAAUACAAGGUAACAAUUGCCGAAGUCCAGCGGAGAUUGUCGCCGCCCGAAUGCCUGAACGCAUCUCUACUCGGUGGCGUACUAAGAAGGGCAAAGAGCAAAAAUGGUGGCCGACUCUUAAGGGAAAAGCUCGAGAAGAUCGGCCUGAACCUGCCGGCCGGACGGCGAAAAGCAGCAAACGUGACACUGCUCACAUCUUUAGUCGAGGGAGAAGCAACGCACUUGGCCAAAGACUUUCACUUCGUUUGUGAAACUGAGUUCCCAGCUAGACAAUUGGCAGAAUAUAUUGUGCGGCAUCAAACAGAGCCCCAGGAUUCCUAUCGGCGGAAAGAAAUUAUACUUCACUCACAACAAAUUACAAAAGAGUUGAUGCAAAUAUUGAGUCAAGAUCGAACCACUCACUUUGGGACAAGAUCACAGCAUUUGCUGGAGCCCUCAAUGCAGCGACAUUUAACACACUUUUCCUUAAUAACGCACGGAUUCGGUUCUCCUGCAAUAAUAGCCGUGCUGCAUGCUUUUCAGACAUUUCUAAAUGAAUCACUGAAUUAUUUGGAAAAAUUGUACCCUUCGAAUGGGGGCGGAAUGGUAUCUUCAUCUCUGGAUAAAAGUAAACUUGACAACGAUAAAAAAUGAUAGACUAUACUGCAACGCAAGAGCAACUCGUAUUUAAAAAAAAAAAAGAAAACUUUUAAUACAAAUUUAGGUACAAUAUCUAUUCUAAUAAGUACUAAAUUAUUGUAAAUGUAUUUAGUUUAGUGUAAAUUAUUGGAAAUUUGUAAAACCGUAAUUUUAAAGUACAUAUUAAAUGCAUAUGUACACA